CCGUAGAUUAGUGUGUCGCUCCAAAAAAAAUUACCAUCGCACUUGAAUGGAGUACAAAGCGUGAAGAACGUGAAGAAGACGGAGUGGUGAAGUUUUAAGUGUGCCUGAUGCUGAGCGCGUCCAACCUUAAAAAUCUUCAUGUGUGAAUAACUUUUGUCAAAUUUCUACACGUCAGCACUACGAUUAUGGAGUUACCUGAGUCCGGGGAAUGCAUCGUUCUCAACACCAUAUCACCUCUCAGGGUGGUGUCCGUUGAGGCAGUGGGCUCCGUCUUUCUUUACUUGGCGUCGCACACUAAGUUGGAUCUUCCAUUUAAACGAAACAACUUAUUGUCAGCCCAGGAUUCGGAGUCAUUCGAUGAAGAAGACUCAACAGAGCACAAGUUUGACGAUGAUUUGGAAUACCUUCGGUCACUGGAUCCAAAGGAAUGGAAGGAUCAGGACCAUUACGCCGUCCUUGGGAUGUCGGAACUCAGGCACCGAGCUACUGAGGAUGACAUCAAGCGAGCCUACAAACAGAAGAUUUUGAAACAUCAUCCGGACAAGCGCAAGGCCCUUGGCGAGGAAGUACGACGGGAUGACGACUAUUUCACUUGCAUAACCCGUGCGUGGGAAACCCUGGGAAAUCCUGUCAAGAGACGAAGCUACGACAGCGUCGAUCCAAGGUUCAACGAUGAUAUUCCCGACGAAAAAGAGGCCAUGACCGAUUUUUACAAGAUCAUGGGCAAAGCUUUCGAAGAGAACUCUCGAUGGUCGGAAAAGAAACCUGUGCCAUUGCUCGGUGGUCCGGAUACCCCUAGAGAAAAAGUCGAACGGUUCUACUCGUUUUGGUACGAUUUCGAGUCAUGGCGGGAAUAUUCCUAUCUCGACGAGGAGGACAAGGAUAGCGCUCAAGACCGGGACAUGCGAAAGUGGAUCGAGAAACAGAACAAGGCAACGAGGGCGAAGCGCAAGAAGGAAGAAAUGGGUCGAAUUCGUUUGCUGACAGACAUCGCCUGGACGUUGGACCCCCGUAUAAAAAAGUUUCAACAAGAUGACAAGGAGAGAAAAACGGCCGCGAAACGAGCGAAACAGGAAGCGGCCAGAGCGAGGCAGCUCGAGGAGAAGCGACUUCUCAUGGAGGAGGAAGAACGCGCGCGCGUCGAGUGCGAGCGAAAACAAUCGGAAGAGAAGGCUCGAAAUGACGCCCUCAAACAGGAACGCGAGGCGCAGAAGAAGGCCCUACGCCGUGAGCGUAAAGCGAUACGGGAUAUCUGCAAAGCGAACAAUUACUACGCCGAAGAUCCCAGCGAAAAUUUGAAGCACAUGGAAAGCGUCGAGAAAAUCUGCGAGCUCUUCAAGUUGGCCAGGCUCGAAGAGGUUUCGAAAAGGUUGCAGGACGAGGGGCGGAAGGCGUUUCUCGAGGUCGUUGGUGAGGCGGAACGUAAAAUCGAGGAGGAACGUCGCGCCGGAGUCGUCGAAAAGGAAGAGAGGAAUACCCCCGACAAACAAGUGAGAUCGUCAACCACCUCCUGGAGCGAAAAUGACCUUCAAUUGUUGAUAAAAGCCGUGAAUCUGUUCCCCGCCGGAACCAGUCAACGGUGGGACGUCGUCGCGACUUUCAUAAAUCAACACAGCAACGUUUCCUCGAACGUUACCCGUACCGCGAAAGAGGUCCUCGCCAAAGCCAAGGAUCUGCAGUCCACGGACUUCAGCAAAUCCACUAUGAAGGAUCGCGCCAACAAAAAGGCCUUCGACAACUUCAUCGCCGAGAAAAAAGGCAAAGAAGAUAUAGACGAGAGGAUGCCGCCGGUUACGGAAAGGCUGGAUCCGUUAACUAACGGGAAACCGAACGCCAAAACACGCGAACAAAAUAACACCGUGCUCAAUCAAAACGGUCACGGUGACCACGAAGCGGAGAAUGAAAAUGGCGACACCUCAGCCCCAGCUGCGACCCCGAAGGAAGCCGUCAAGAAAGAUACCGCCCAACCUUGGACCCCAGCGGAACAAAAAUUAUUGGAACAGGCGCUGAAAACGUAUCCAACCACCGUACAGGACAGGUGGGAUCAGAUCGCUGCCUGCAUACCAACCAGAACGAAGAAAGAAUGUAUGAGAAGAUACAAGGAACUGGUUGAGCUAGUAAAAGCCAAAAAAGCGGCACAGCAAGGUAAGUAGGUGGCAAAAAUGGUCAGCGAAGAUGCUUCGAUAAGAAGAAUAAACAAAAUAAAAAAACAAAUCGACGAAGAUCGUCUACGCGAGGAUGGCCGGCGGUAAAGUAUUAUACUUUCGAAGUGUGGUGUAAAAUCUCGAGGAUCUUCUUGUUGCGGGAACGAUUUUGGUGUUGAGAUACAAAAAAAGUAAAAUAAAAAUCAUCUACGUCAUUCUUAAAAGUUUAAUUUGACACAUCAUCUCUUACAACACCAUAAUCAGAAACAAAAAAUUUCACCCCAUUGUUGUUUUUUUGUUUUUUUUGUUUGUUUGUUUGUUUCAUCAUUCACCGGGAUGUAUAAUAUGUUUUCAUAAGGUUUCGUACAUUCAUUAAUCGUGUAUAGGUACCUUAAAUAUUGCCUGAACAUUUGUGGUUAGCGUAAUAGCGAAAUAAAUGAAAUUAAGACAAAAAAGGAAACAAAAUAACUAAAGAAUAUUAAACGAAUAGAAUAAACUUCUGAGCAAUUAUCUACUA